AUGAGCAAUACUGAUGAAGUAACGGCUAUCAACUAUGUGCCAACCGAUAUUGCAUUGGCGCAAAAAGUUGCCGAAAUGAUCAAUAAAAGUCGUAGAGCGGUUAUUGAAAAUCUCGAGGAUACCAAAUGUGAAAAUCAGCGGAUUUCCGACAAAGAGUUUGUGAAAGAUGUAUGCGAAAUGAUAGGCAUCAAACACGAAAGGAUUUAUUGGGACAAAGUUCAUCUUAGGCAGCGACUAUUGAUAGUAGAAUUCAAAUCGGACAUUGACAGGAAUCAUUUCUUGAAGGAAUUCCGAAAAGCUGCAAGAGCGGUGGCACCAUUGGAGAUUCCGCGAGCACGAAGAGACCUAACCCAAGAGGAGGAAAAAAUUCUACGCCGCAACCGAAAAUUGGCUUAUGAACUGAACAAAAGGGAGGGCAAAUGGAUCUAUCAUAUCGAUGAUAUUUUAUUGGUAAAGACGAAGAAUCCGAACCCAAAGCCGUUUUAUUAA